AUGCUGGCUCCUCGGAAGGUAGCGCUUGCUCUGACAAGCCUGAUGUUGGUUCGCUUCCGGCACGAUGGGCAGUGGCACCAUUCAGAUGGCUACAUUCAGGAGAUCGACGAGCGAGUUCAGAAGGCAAAGCAUGGAGACGUGCUCCGGUUCAGGACGAGCGGCGUAGCCACCCAAGAAUUCCUGGAGAUUCUCUGGCGCACGGAUUUCGACCCACCCCAGCAGGAGCUGUUGCACGAGUUUCUUCUGAGGCGAGGGCUUAUGAACCAAGGCGCGGAGAAGCACCUCUUCAGUAUACCUUCAUGCCUCCCCCGGGCUCAGCUUCCAGAAGCGCCGGUUAGCCAGGCAGACGAGGUCAUCUACGUGAACCUGGAUGGCUUCGUGUCCCCGAAUCUGUUUCCCGACUUGGCGGCGAUGCUCUACAAGCAAAUGAGUCUGAGUAUGGAGCAUAAGGAGGCCGAAGACGAACCGAAGGGUGAGCUGACCGUCAAACCCGGCCCGCCCCAAGUGUUCAGCAAUCGAGUCGAGGUGAGAGUAACAGCAGGUGGCGUGGCCAUGACCGUUGCCUUGUCGCUAUUCCCGCUGAGUAGCCAGAAGCUGCUGCGAAUCCACGCGAGAUCUCAUGGAAGAUCUCAUGAUGGAGAUCCCAAGGGCAACGAGGCUGCCAAAGCAGCUCAGGCGGCCUUAGAGGCUUUUCAUGUUGCCACUGGCUUCAACCUGGCUGGCUACAAGGCGCUACAAGCCUCAGACAGCGGAAAUGAAGGCAAGGAUGGCUUGGCGCUGGACUGGCAAGUGUCCAGCUCUUGUAACCUGGAAGACCGCGACCUGUCUUUGUGGAGUGUUGAGGAGCUCGCGCGCAACAGACCGUGCCUUGAGGAGGAGUGUGGCCAAGACCUUCUUGCCCAACGAUGCACGACGUGCCGCUUGGCAAGGCUCCUGGCAGAACGCUUCGAGGCAGACCUUGGUGAGCGCCUGCAAAAGGUGAUACCCAAAGUGUCGAUUUGGGACAGCACACGCCCGGCAGGAAGCUUCCGAUUUCAGGUCGUCCGCUUUCCGGGCGACGUGGACCUGUCGGAGUACCUGAUCUUUCAGGCCAAAGACGAGCAAGAUGCCUUGAGACAGCUGGCUGAUCUGCUCCAGAAGAAGUUCAAGUCAUCCUGGACAGACCAGGCAGACCAGGGCUUGCACUGGGCCGGCCUGAAGACGGGAGACCCCAAAUCUGACAAAAAGAGCGACCUGCUGAAAUGGAGCCUCUCCGACAUCGAGGAAGGCUACAAGGGCGAGAUCUCGCUACAGGAAGCCCUCGCUUGCACUUCCCGAGACCGCACCGCCAAAAUCGACAUCUUCGCCAAGACCGACAUGUUCCAGAACGAGACCGCUGAACAGCGCUUCGUCGAGGUCACCAACGUCCUCUAUGUCGGGUACUUUUCUGCGGCCGGCGACGGGAUCGUCCCAAUCACAAGAGACGCCAACGUCAUCGAGUACCUCGGGGAAGGCCUCAGGGAUUACUCAGCGAAGCACCCGAAACCCAUGAAGUACGUGGGCUCCUCAGCAAGGGCUGUGCUGCUGUGUGUCACUUGCUCAUCCGCUAAGCUGCUGGCAAAUUCCCUAGCUGCUUCAACCUCCCCUCACGUCAAACGUCUCUGGGAGCGAAGCGUUUUUUUCGCACAGCGUGGGUGGCAGCAAGAGGCGAAUGUGGCCAUGUUGGAGCUGCUGAAGCCCAUGUUGCAGGGAGCUGCGGCGGAGUUGUGUCAGCUAGCCGCGCAUGCUGAGACGUUGAUCAAGAUGCUGAAGUGCGAGACGCAGGCCACAAGAACGGAUGCGCUGCAGGACUUGCAGGACGAGGAGGCGGAAGCUGCCAAGGAAGCCUGCCUCUGCCUGGAGGAAAUUCGAAGCCUGUGCUUGGAGACCCACGUAGAUCCGAGCGUCUCAGAGGCGAAGGAGGCCCAGGCCAGAGAGCAGCUGGAGAUGGCGCAACGGGUCUUGGAAGGCACCGCCGACCUUCUGGUGAUCAACGCUUUGGGUGCCUUCAGCUCCCCGGUGGCCUUGCCGUUGGGGAAAGACUGGCGCUUCCCAUCGGAUCACCCCCCGAUCGGAGCCACGGUCGCCGUGCCAGCGGAGGAGACAGAGGAGACGCUGCAUGUGGCGUCAUGGAAUGUCCUGAACAAAGCCUACGUGAACCACAUUCAGGCGAACACGCAGGGACUCAACGAGUCGCUCAUCUGUGACUUGCACAGCACCGGCGUCGAUGACGCAGGGGCGGAUGCGCGCGAGCGCAUGAUUGUCGGGAUGGUGAAGGGCAUGAUGUGCCGGCAAGUUGCGCCAGUCCACCUCCUCUGCCUCCAGGAAUGCUCGCAAAGCUUCCUGGCGGCGCUCCGGAGCAGCCUGGAAGCGAGUGGAACCCCUCACAGGCUUGCGCUGGUACGAGGCGGAACGGAUGAUGACAAGAACCAGGAGGUUAUCGGGUCCUUGAAGCAAACUUGGUUUUUGGAUUGCAGCGUUUUGAUGGGCCGGAGGGGGGCGGUGCCCGGCCAGGCACUGAUCUACAACGAAGCGAAGCUGACCCUCUUGAGCAACAGCGCAGAGGCCUACCCAUCUGACAAGAAGAAGGCCAGUUCCGCGCAGCGCGGUAGUCGCGUCGUGCAGGCAAUUCUGGAGACGAAGUUUCGCUUGCAGUCCUGCCAGAGUCCGCAUCUGCCUGGGAAGCCUUUCGGUCCCGCUCGCCGGGAGUUCUGCAAGUGCCUCAAGACCAUGCUGGCGAAAGACAAGCAGCCAACUCUCCUGCUGGCAGACCUCAACUUCCCGGAGGAGGGCUCCUUGCUGCCGAAGCGGAUCGACAGCAUCGGCAUCAUCCCGGAAGGUUCCAAGAUCACGGCCGGGGUCUUCCGUGCACGUAAGGAUGCGGCAGGUGCAAAGCCGCCGAAGCCCUGCGAGCUGGCGGAAGAGCUGCUGGAGGGCUGCGGUGCAGCCGUGGAGCUUCUGGAGACCAGGCAUGAGGAGCUGGAUGUGAAGACCUUGGCUGCCAUGCCUGCGAAGGACCACGACGCCAGCCCCUUAGCGGGGAAUGCUGGCAGCGCUCUCCUCAAGACCCAGCAACCGAUCCCCGAAGAGACCGAGAGCCUCCAACAGGCGCAGACAUGCAAGCUUUGCACGCACGCCAAAGAUGCCCUUGGAGAAGCGGGCUACCAGCUACUUUGGUUAGGUGCAGACAUGUGCACGCACGCCGAAGCUGCCCUUGGAGAAGCGGGCUACCAUUUACUUUGGUUAGGAGUGGUGCUCCAAGGUAGCAUCGAUAAUCGAGCAGUUUGUCUAGCAAGUGCCGAUGUGCAGUUUGAUUCCGCGGCCAGCUCCGACGCCAACUUGCAGGCUUCCUCGGGUCACGCGAUUCCGCCCCGCGCUUUUGUGCAGAGUGUUUUGACAUAUGGCGCAGAGCGCAUUGAAGGAGGACACAGCAUGCAGUUUCGGGCAAGUUCGAGGGACAAUGUCCAGGAGCUCGCCACGCUCAAGGCCGAGUUCGAGCACUUGAAGGAGCAAAACACAGAGAAAGCAGAGGACACCGCCACCGGAAACGUGGCCCUCGGCGGCUGGAUGCGCUUGAUGCACCUGCGCCAGAUGGCGCGACAUGAAGCCUUGGAUGAAGGCCCCCGGCACUCAUACGUGGAUGAUGUGCUGGGCUUGCUGGUGAGCUCUUGGAAGCAUAUCGCAGUGUCUUGCAGCAUGCUCAAGUCAACCAUAGCAGACGAAACUGCAUUUGCGACGCCAUGUUUCCAGGUGGAGAUGGUGUUCACAGGGCAUGACGCAGGUAUUAAAGCUUGCAGAUGCAUGAAGGACACUUUUGACAGUUUCGACAUGCAACAGGGCUUCGUCUGUUGCAGCGUUCGCCAAGCGAAUGGGUUGGUCUACACCCUCACUGCCAAAGAUGCAGAGCCGCAUGUGCGCAAGACGCGCGAUGCGUCUCGCGAGCAAAAGACGCGCCGGAAAAGUCGCCUCUUCAACAUCAGCAGCCUGAAAGCCUUGCUGCAGAGCAAUGGCAGGCUACAGUUCGUGUACUUCUUUGCACAAUAG